UCUCGUUGCUCCCCAUCCGGCCUCCAUCGCAUUUAUCCAUUGUAUCUAUCUACUGUCUCCUCGAAUCAUGCUGGUACUCGCUCCCUCGCUCCCCAGUGCUGCAAUCGUGGGUCCCUGACCUGCAGCGGCCGGUCUCUCCUUGUCUUCUUACGUAUCCGAUCGGCAGGCAGCCAUCCUGGAUUGGCAGCCCCCCUUCGUUCUUGGAAAAAUUCCCGCUAUCGUUCCGUCUGUUUUCUCCCCGAAAUCCCUGUCGCGGGUGAAACCGCAGGAUGUUUUCCACCGUGCUGCGGAGGGCGAGCUCGGUCACCUCACGCUUCACCUCGCGCAUUCCAUGGAUGAAGACCCUGCGCAUGAACUUUAUUCUCAUCCACUAUGUCUAUAUCAUUGCUAUCACAUUCAUUGCCUCGAUCAUCAUUUACCCCGGCACCGAUUUAUCCUACACCGAUGCCCUCUUCCAAGCGGCCGGCGCCGCCACCCAGAGCGGCCUCAAUACCGUCGACCUCAAUACCCUGCAUACCUACCAGCAGAUCAUCCUCUACCUAGUCUCCAUGCUGACCACCCCGAUCUUCAUCCAUACCGUGCUCGUGUUUGUGCGCCUUUACUGGUUCGAAAAACGCUUCCAACAUGUCGUUAGCGAUGCGCGAGCCCUCCGACAUACUCGCUCCCGCCUCCGUACAAUAAGUGAAGACAAGGAUGGGCAGUCCUCCGCCCGGGAGGAAGCUGGCAUUGCAGGGCGGUCUAUUGUCGUCUUGCGUGAUACUCUGGGUCAGUCGGGUGACCGGCAGCAGGCGAGGAAGAAAUCUGCUAGGGAAGACUCGCCUCCCGCGUCGCCCACUGCGGGGGGGCCACCAGAGCCCCCGAGCGAAGAUCCGAGCACUGCUAUCAAUCGCAAACUGGGGGUCGGGCUGGGGAAGACUCUGGAAAAUAUGCGGAUGCCAGCACAGUUGAGUCCGGAACACCACAUUGCGUUCUUGGAGAAUCAGCGCAGGAACAAAGGUGCCCUGCGGAUUCCUAGUCCUCGGGAGUAUGACAAUGGCGGCGUGCCACAGGUCCUGGAAGAGGAUGAGGAGGAGAUAAAGCCGCCCGUUCAGAUGUCCAGCAGUUCCUCCGACCCCGAACGAAGCCCAUGCGACAUGAGUGGAGAGGACGAGGAUGGUAAGGGGAAGGAUGAUGAUGAUGACGACGACGAGGAUCGACCGCGGCGACUAGAUGGCCCGCAUAUUACCAUCAAUGAGCCGGACAUGAUUCAUACGAGGACGCGAAACUCCACAUUUCCCCGAUUAGAUACACGUCCCACCUUCCGAGAGACCAAGGGCGACGGUGAUCCCUCUGCACUGGUCCGCUCCACGACGCGGCGACCGACCUUGAACAAUCUCUUUCGGUCUCUUACCCAGGAACGCGAUCGGUCAACACAGCCAUACCUCAGCUGGAAUGCCACAGUUGGCCGCAACUCCAACUUUGUUGAUUUGACCGAGGAGCAACGAGAUGAGCUGGGCGGGAUUGAAUAUCGAGCCUUGAAGACGUUGGCGGUGGUCUUGAUCUCGUACUAUGUCUUUUUCCACAUCCUGGGCAUCAUAUGCCUCGUACCCUGGAUCAUGACAACACACUGGGGCAAGGUGGUCACUGAAAUCGGACAGGGGCGCCCUUGGUGGGCCAUUUUCAUCGCUCAGUCGGCCUUCAAUGAUGUCGGUUUUGCUCUUACGCCGGACUCGGUGGCCUCGUUCCAGACCGCAGUAUUCCCGCUACUCCUCAUGACAUUCUUGAUCAUUAUCGGUAAUACAGGGUUUCCUUGUAUGCUGCGCCUCAUAAUCUGGGUUUUAUCCAAAUUUACGCGCGCCGAAACCCCGCUGUGGGAGGAACUACGCUUUCUGCUGGACCAUCCGCGUCGGUGCUUCACUCUACUGUUUCCAAGGAAUGCAACGUGGUGGCUUUUCGCGAUUUUAGUGGCCAUGAACGGGAUUGACUUGAUCUUUUUCAUUAUCUUGGAUCUAAAUGAUUCCACUGUGACGUCCCUGUCCACUGGCAUCCGUGUCCUUGACGGUCUCUUCCAAGCAGCGUGCACUCGAACCGCUGGCUUUUCCGUUGUAUCUGUGUCGGACCUACAUCCAGCCGUUCAGGUAUCCUACAUGAUCAUGAUGUAUAUAUCCGUGUUUCCUAUUGCCAUUUCCCUGCGACGCACCAAUGUGUACGAGGAGAAGAGCCUUGGGAUCUAUGCCUCAGAGGAAGAUGACUCGGAUGAUGCCCAGACGCCGCCCAGCUAUAUCGGAGCGCAUUUGCGCAAGCAGCUGAGUUUUGAUCUGUGGUACGUAUUCCUUGGACUGUUCAUCAUCGCCAUCGUCGAAGGCAAGCGCCUCGAGCAGCAGGACGAGUAUUCAUUCCAGAUCUGGGCGGUGCUGUUUGAGGUCGUGUCCGCGUACGGCACUGUUGGCCUCUCGCUCGGGUACCCCGGUGUCAAUGCGUCUUUCUCCAGUCAGUUCCAGGUUCUUUCCAAGCUUGUCAUCAUUGCGAUGCAGGUUCGUGGCCGCCAUCGCGGCCUACCCUAUGCACUGGAUCGGGCCAUUCUGCUCCCGUCCGAAUCUCUUAAUCAAAACGAGAUUGCAGAUGCGGAACGGCGCAUGCGUCGCCGCGCCUCCAGUCUCAGCCAGAUGUCCAUGGACCGCCAGCAAUCCCAGCCUCGGCCCGAGCACGGGGCCUCCACGAGUCUUGAUCCGAAAGACCGGGCGAGCCAAACAUGGAUGAACGGCGAUAUCAUCCGUCGACAAUCGACCUUGCGGUCGCAGCGCUCCCAGCGCUAAUAAUUUUGGUUAUAGAUGGUGGAUUAGUGCUUUUAUAGACUUGGGUCGGCAUUGGUACUACCCGAUUUCGGAGGCUUGCGAAUUGCCUGAUGUGUUCUUAUUCCUUUGAUCGUGUUCCUCUAGCGAGUGUUUCUCAAAGCGUGCCAGCGAGUCUCUAUAAAUUAUCCCAGGCCCCAAGCAACGGGAAAUCCCCGCGUAUAGAACUGGAGU